GUCUUCUGCUGCUGGCUGUGGCGGCCGGGUCUGCGUUUGCCUCCCGCGGCCUCGUGGCCUGGGAAAGUCUGUAGAGGAUGCAAAAUGAGAAAAUCCCCAACUCAAGUCAAACGCCAGAGCAAGACUGUUUACAGAGUUGGUGUGUCCGUGAUAAUGAAGAAAUGACAAUCAAGCAAGAGAGCGAUGGUGUUGCAGAGAUGGAAGAAAGCCUCCCCUCUUGUUCCUCUGCAAGUGGCCCAUCCACUUCCACCAAGGAGUGUCCGUGGGAGGUUCCCAGGAGAAGGCCUCCCCUGCUGCACAUCAACAGACAUCAGAUCCAGGCAGUGGAGCUGAGUGCGCAGGCCCUUGAACUGCAGGGGUUGGGUGUGGACGUCUAUGACCAGGAUGUGCUGGAGCAGGGUGUGCUGCAGCAGGUGGACAGUGCCAUCCAUGAGGCCAGCCAUGCUGCCGAGCUCGCUGAUGCAGAGAAGGAGUAUCAGUCCGUCUUGGAUGACCUCACGUCAUGUACGACAUCCCUAAGGCAAAUUAAUAAAAUUAUUGAACAGCUGAGCCCUCAAGCUGCCACCAGCAGAGACAUCAACAGGAAACUAGAUUCUGUAAAACGGCAGAAGUAUAAUAAGGAACAACAGCUAAAGAAGAUCACAGCAAAACAGAAACGUCUCCAGGCCCUCCUUGGAGGGGUGGCGGUAAAAGCUGAAAUAGAUCAUGCCAGUCUGGAGGAGGAGGACGCAGAAGCGGGGCCGUCCUGCCUGGGCAGCAUGCUCAUGCCUGUUCAGGAGACUGCUUGGGAGGAGCUCAUCCGCACCGGCCAGAUGACACCUUUUGGUAGCCACAUCCCUCAGAAACAGGAGAAAAAGCCGAGGAAACUAAUGCUCAAUGAAGCAUCUGGCUUUGAAAAGUACUUGGCAGAUCAAGCAAAACUGUCUUUUGAAAGGAAGAAGCAAGCUUGUAAUAAAAGGGCAGCCAGGAAAACUGCAGCCUCGGUCACUUCUGAGCUGAGCCCAGCACUCGGUGAAAACAGACCAGACAAGAGGGGCAAAAUUCUCUCGAAAACAGACAAGCGCUUGAAAAAGCACAUCAAGAAACUCCAGAGGAGGGCUCUUCGGUUCCGGGGGACCGUGGGGUUGCUGAAGGGAGAGAAACGCCUGGAACCUGACGUGAGGCUGACGGCAGAGGGAGACUCCGAGGGUGAAGGGUCCGAGUACUUACCCACGGAGGAGGAGGAGCAGGGGGCGGCGGCGGGCGGGGCCCUGUCCGCAGAAGACACGGACUCCGAACUUGGGCCUGUCCUCACGCGCCGGAAGUGGCAGAAGAAAGUCACAGUGCAGGAGAUCGAUGAUGACUUUUUUCCAAGUUCUGGGGAAGAAGCUGAAGCUUCUGCAGGAGGAGGAGGCCGGAAAGUAGUGAGAUGCCGAGACGAUGGAGACGAAGACUAUUACAAACAGCGGCUGAGGAGGUGGAAUAAACAGAGACUGCAGGACAAGGAGAAGCAUCUGAAGCUUGAAGAUGAAUCUGAGGAAAGUGAUGCCGAGUUUGACGAAGGUUUUAAAGUGCCGGGUUUUCUGUUCAAAAAGCUUUUUAAGUACCAGCAGACAGGUGUUAGGUGGCUGUGGGAAUUGCACUGCCAGCAGGCAGGAGGAAUUCUGGGAGAUGAAAUGGGAUUGGGCAAGACCAUCCAGAUAAUUGCCUUCUUGGCAGGUCUGAGCUACAGCAAGAUCAGAACUCGUGGUUCAAAUUACAGGUUUGAGGGGUUGGGUCCGACCAUCAUUGUCUGCCCAACGACAGUGAUGCAUCAGUGGGUGAAGGAAUUUCACACGUGGUGGCCUCCAUUCAGAGUGGCGAUUCUACACGAAACUGGCUCCUGUGCCCACAGAAAGGAGAAACUAAUUCGAGAUAUUGCUCAUUGUCAUGGAAUUUUGAUCACUUCUUACUCCUACAUUCGACUGAUGCAAGAUGAUAUCAGCAGGCAUGACUGGCACUAUGUGAUCUUGGAUGAAGGUCACAAAAUCCGAAAUCCAAAUGCUGCCAUCACCCUUGCUUGCAAGCAGUUCCGCACCCCUCACCGUGUCAUCUUGUCUGGCUCGCCGAUGCAAAAUAACCUCCGAGAGCUGUGGUCGCUCUUCGACUUUGUCUUCCCCGGGAAGCUGGGCACGUUACCUGUGUUCAUGGAGCAGUUCUCGGUCCCCAUCACCAUGGGGGGGUAUUCCAACGCCUCCCCAGUGCAGGUUAAAACUGCUUAUAAGUGUGCGUGUGUCUUACGAGAUACCAUAAAUCCAUACCUUCUUCGGAGAAUGAAGUCAGAUGUCAAAAUGAGCCUUUCUUUACCGGAUAAAAACGAACAGGUCUUAUUUUGCCGUCUUACAGAUGAGCAACAUAAAGUCUACCAAACUUUCAUUGAUUCCAAAGAAGUUUACAGAAUUCUCAAUGGAGAGCUGCAGAUUUUCUCUGGACUCACAACCCUAAGAAAAAUCUGCAACCACCCUGAUCUCUUUUCUGGAGGCCCCAGGACCCCCACAGGCAGCUCUGACCACGGAGCGGAGGAAGGCCAGUUUGGAUUCUGGAGGCGAUCCGGGAAGAUGAUCGUGGUGGAGGCCCUGCUGAGGCUCUGGCAGCGGCAGGGCCAGCGGGUGCUGCUGUUCUCCCAGUCGAGGCAGAUGUUGGACAUACUCGAAGUGUUCCUCAGAGCCCAGAAGUAUACCUAUCUCAAAAUGGACGGUACCACCACAAUAGCUUCCAGACAGCCACUGAUUGCAAGAUACAACGAGGAUACGUCCAUAUUCGUGUUUCUUCUGACCACUCGGGUGGGCGGCCUCGGAGUCAACCUGACGGGGGCAAACAGAGUCAUCAUUUAUGACCCCGACUGGAACCCAAGCACAGACACACAGGCCCGGGAACGCGCGUGGCGGAUAGGCCAGACGAAGCAGGUGACGGUGUACAGGCUGCUGACGGCGGGCACCAUCGAGGAGAAGAUCUACCACCGACAGAUCUUCAAGCAGUUUCUGACCAACAGAGUGCUGAAGGACCCGAAGCAGCGGCGCUUUUUCAAGUCCAAUGACCUGUACGAGCUGUUCACUCUGACCAGCCCCGACGUCUCCCAGGGCACCGAGACCAGCGCCAUCUUCGCAGGGACUGGCUCAGACGUUCAGACACCCAGACACCAUUUGAAAAGAAGACCGCAGUCGGCCUCAGUCGCAGACCUGAGCGUUGCCGCGGGCAGACCGGUCCCUGAUGCCAGUGCAGCUGCAGAUGCUGCCCCGGCCUGUGAGGCGCCGGCCGGUGCGGGAGCCGCCGCAGGUGCGGUGACUUCUGCUCAAGGAGAUGCCCCGCGAGCCGCCCCCCAGACACCCGGUCCCCCAGCUCGCAGUGGUCGGCUUGCAGAGGAGACGGGGGCAGUGUCCCGGCUGGAGGGCCCCUCCGUGUCGAGGGCGCCCGGGGAGUGUGCAGCCCCUCCGGGACCCAGCCCGACGCCCGGCGAGCAAAGCUUCGACGCGGAGCAAGGUCUUCCUGGGCGAAGAGAAAGCUGCCAGGUCCAGACAGAGCCUCUUGGGGAGAACGGACACAUGGGAAAUACUUUUUACAAGCACAAGUCAAAAACAAAACACAGUGAGGCGGAAGAAGGGGCCCAGGAGAAGCGUCCGAAGCAGAAGCCGAAGAGCCCCAAGCGUCACAGAGACGCCAAGUUCGAAGGAACGCGAAUUCCACACCUCGUGAAGAAAAGAAAGUACCAGAAGCAGGACAAUGAAAACGAGAGUGAGAACAAGCAGCAGAGCAAUGAUGAUUAUGUUUUAGAAAAGCUUUUCAGAAAAUCAGUUGGCGUGCACAGUGUCAUGAAACACGAUGCCAUCAUGGAUGGAGCCAGCCCAGACUAUGUGCUGGUGGAGACAGAGGCCAACCGAGUGGCCCAGGACGCCCUGAAGGCUCUGAGGCUGUCUCGGCAGCGCUGUCUGGGAGCAGGGUCUGGUGUUCCCACCUGGACUGGCCACAGGGGGACUUGUGGAGCACCCGCGGGAAUGAAGAGUAGAUUCGGUCAGAAGCGGAGCUCCAGCUUCUCUGUGCAGCCUCGUGCUCCAGCGUCUCCGAAGAAGAAGUGCCAGGACGGCCUCGUGAAAAGGGACGGACAAGAGAGCGUUUCUGAGCAUUUUAGUGGGAAGAUGGAAGAUGGAGAGUCCUCGUCGGGGGCCCUCACUUCGUCCUCGCUGUUGGCUAAAAUGAGAGCUAGGAACCACCUGAUCUUGCCCGAGCGGCUGGAAAGUGAGAACGUGCACCUUCCCCAGGGGCCUGCCCCGCCGCCCGCCACGGAGCACGACGACCUCCUGGUGGAAAUGAGGAACUUCAUCGCCUUUCAGGCCCGCGUGGACGGCCAGGCCAGCACUCAGGAGAUCCUGCAGGAGUUCGAGUCCAAGUUAUCAGUCUCCCAGUCUUGUGUCUUCCGAGAACUCCUGAGGAACCUCUGUACUUUCCAUAGAACUUCUGGUGGUGAAGGGAUUUGGAAACUCAAGCCAGAAUACUGCUGAUAAAUACUAACUUCU